UCAUGCCGGCAGCCAUCCUGCGAUGGUGCCCAUUCAUUAUUUCCGAUACUACGUGUAGUACCCCCGGCGUUACAUACAACUUACAUGCCAUAGAGACGACACAAAACAAACAAACACAAUAUGUUUGCCUCCAUGUCCAAAAACAAGGAUGAAAAUAAUAAUGGCAGUGACAAGGGCAAGAAGCGUUUCAACAUGAUUUCUAUUCCUCAGAAGUUUGAAUGGACGGGGAUAUCAUCCAUCAUUUCACAAGACAACAAUAAACACCACCAUAACAAUAAACCUACUGAUGCUGAUACGGAUACUGAUGAUAUUUUGACCAUUAUGGAGGGACUAAUCCUCUGGAAUGUCCUUGGGUUUGCAUUGGCGGAUACCAAGGAUUAUGUUUGCUUUUCGGCCGUCAACAAGGAAUGGAAUCAAGUGGUACGAACGCUGGUGCCACCCGUCAUGUACCAGAUCAAGGCCGUGUUGGACCACAAUAAUAACAAUAAGAGCCGCGAUGAGCUAAUACUUCAAGUCAAGGAUUUGGAACUAUUGACUGCCGUUCUGGAAAUGGUACCCGACAAGGACUCGGCCAUUUAUCGACAGGACAAUCGACGACAACACUUGGAGUGGCCUCAUUUGCAACCCCCAUUUGCCAUGAUUGUCAUGCGAUUUGUGUUUGCCGCAUCGACCAAACGAAAUAAGUUUUCCUCCAAUAUGUAUGAAAUGGUCUGCUGUUUUCUGGAAAAAAUAUCCAUCCAGACAGCACACCAAAUGAUCAAGACAUUUUACAACAACAACAGCAACACGGCAAAUAUUUUGGAGAAUCUCGUCCAAUUGUGGGUGACGUGGGAGGGGAUGGUCGGCAUUGUGGAGGCUAUUGCCGGUCAUCUCAGUCGAUAUUAUGCCGCGCAAAACAGCCUAUUGUCAUUGACCCAACAUGCCCGCCACUGCUUUGUCGCAGUCCUCUUGUCGGGUCCCGAAUUCCCCUAUGGGCUGGCGGAACUGUUGGGGCACAUGCAGGGAACAAAAGUACUCAACAAUAUGCCAAGGGAUCUGGUGCUGCGAGCCUAUCAUGCCAGUAUCGCCAUUGCAUCGUUUCCUACAGAAUUACAACAACACUGGGACCAAGUGGGGGGCUUUGGGGUAAUCCUACAGGCUUACAACCAAAUAAAAGCCCAAGUGGAAGAAAGCAUUCUUCCAUCAGAAGAAGAAGAAGAAGAAGAAGAAGAAGAGCAAAUAGCGCAGGUUGUUGGGCAGCCACAACACCAAGAAGAAGAAGAGAAAGCUAAUUUCCAUCUCACACUCAUGUUCCCCAAUGGAACCAAGCUGAAUGCUCUACAUCAUUUUGUAGAGUCCAGUAUACUCUUGAAGAAUAUGCACUUUGCAAAUGGGGAUGCUAUUCGAUGGCAUGGAGAUGAGGAUAUUCCACAUUUUGUUAAGGCAUUGGUGUUUUAUGCCCUGGAUGAAAAGACUCCGAUGCCUCCCACUUUUCCAGCACCACUUCCACAUGGUGUACACCUCACAUCUAUCCUGGGGGCGGAGAAUGCACAGUUUGCAAGGUUGGUGGAACCGCACUCCGCCCAGGAGCUGUUGGUUCUCAUUCAUUUUUGCAGCUUUUUGAACUUGGAAAAGCUAGCGACAUUGUGUGGCAUGGCGAUUGCCUUGAAGAUUAGGGAAAUGAAUCCAGCGGAACUUCGGACAAUAAAUCUGACGAGAAUAAAUGAAUGAUCUGUAUUAUAGACCUCUUUUGAGGUUGGGCCAGCUAGAUUAGAAAAUCCAAUGCACCUUCUCUGACUCUAUAGCUCGCUAGCUAGGUUUGUCACUAUUUACUCUUGGUUGGUUUGUUCUUCUGUUGUUAUGGGAUAGCUACUAGUAGUUCA